UUUCGCCGGCAUCCAAAACCGUUAUGCGAUUGCUCUCACCGGCGUUGUUCUUUCCCGCUGGAAAUCUGCAAAGGAAAAUCAGCGUUUUUGCUUUUCCAGCUAGGAAUAUUGGAGUUCAUGCUACCAAGCCAGGCAUGGAGAAGAACAGAGGAGAAGGAAGCAGGCAAGAGGGUGUGGAAAGCAGAAUCCAAUCGAACCCUCGAGUGGUCAAAGCCCAACAACUCGUUAAUAGCGAUUCUUCCGGUGGUUGGGAGAAGUCUUGGGAGGAAGGAGCAACCCCAUGGGAUUUAGGACAACCUACACCUGUUAUGGUACAUCUUCAUCAGACAGGAGCACUUCCCAAGGGAAGGGCUCUAGUCCCUGGAUGUGGCAGUGGUUAUGAUGUGGUUGCAAUGGCAUGCCCUGAACGCUAUGUUGUUGGACUGGACAUUUCGGAGACAGCCAUUAGGACAGCAGUAGAGUUGUCUUCCUCCUUGCCAAAUGCAGAUUAUUUUACCUUCUUAAAGGCAGAUUUCUUCACCUGGCAACCAACUAAUUUGUUUGAUCUCAUAUUUGAUUAUACGUUCUUUUGUGCCAUUGAACCAGACAUGAGAUCAGCAUGGGCACAACGAAUCUCAGAUCUCUUAAAACCAGAUGGAGAGCUUAUUACAUUAAUGUUUCCAAUUGGUGAUCAUGUUGGUGGACCGCCAUAUAAAGUAUCAGUUUCAGACUAUGAAGAGGUUCUGCAUCCUUUUGGAUUCAAGGCAAUAUCCAUUGUCAAUAAUGAAUUAGCUAUUAAACCUCGAAAGGGCAAAGAGAUGCUUGGGAGGUGGAAAAAGUCACUCUCCUUACUGUAAUUGUGAUCAGUUUUCUCUUCAUAGCUUGAGAAAUCAAUUUCUAGAAUUAAUAAACAUACCAUAUGUCUAGGCAAGUGUCAUUGGUGUCAACUAUCGCUUUUGUUUUUCAAUAAAGGAAUCCACUAUCAUCUCAUGGCUGCUAUGCAAAUUUCCAGUUCAUUGUGUUUUAAGGGAGAAAGAAAUGUAAUGGUUAUGA